UUUUGUUUGUUUGUUUUUUGUUGCAGAAAUUACAAUUGGUCAAACAAUGAGUGCAGGGACAACUGGAUAUAAACGGCUAAGAAAGCCAGAGGAGACAAGAAUGAGAAUCAGAAAACAUGAUUCAGAUGAACCUUCUUAUCCCAUGACUGCAUUGCUAGUAGAUAGUGUGGAUGCAAAUAGACAUUUGGAGCAUCAAAUACUUGAAUCAAUAGGCGUUCAAACAGAACCUGCGAAUAACGCUCAUGAAGCAAUGCAACUGUUGCUUACUGGGGUGAAUUUUGACGUCAUAUUUGUUGAUUUUGAUUUGCCCAUGAUAAGUGGACCCCAGUUCGUGAUGGAUAUACGUGUGCUGGGGAUUCAAAGCAAAAUAAUAGGGAUGUUAUCAAACUUUAAUGGUCAUAAUUCACAAAUGUUUUUUGAAGCAGGAGUUAAUGGCAAUACUCAGAAACCUUUGACUCGAGAAACUUUUGAACACAUCUUUCAAAUCAUUCGCAUCAUGUGAAUCUAAUGUUCAUUAUUGUUAUGAUGUGUUAUGCUUAUGCUUUGUAAAAGAUUCAUUGACUAUUUGAGUUUAAAUAUUAAAUAAGUAAU